AUGGACAUCAAGUUUUGCAAGACCAACCUCCUCAUUGAGCACAAGGAGUUGGAUGGGAGGUUCCAAUUCAAGUUCACACAUCCAUUGGUUGGACCCUCCAAGCUUCUCCUGCCCAACCCUGAGCUCACCACAGUAGUCAGGGGUGAGAACAUUGACUUCAGACCCCCUGUGUACACAUUAGUUGGGCAUGAGAAUUUGCGAGAAGAGGAGCCUGAGCUCGAUCGAGCUGAGGAUCGAGCUGAGUCUCAAGCUGAGGAUCGAGUCCAGGAGAGUGCGGAUUUGGGUGAGCCUGAGUGCUAUUACUUUGAGGAGUAUGAGGCUCCAAGGAUGAACCCCUCUGUUGUGGCUGCCCACAAGAGGAUUGGACUUCUCCAAAAGUUCAACAAAUGGCAAGGGAAAGCCAUUGAAAGAUGCAAAAGUCCAUGGACAAGAUGGAGUAGAUCACUCUCACCACUCCAAGGAGGCUCCCUGCCCAAGAGCCUCACAGAGCCUCUUCUUUCGAGCCAAGGGAGGGAGAAGACAACUCGCAGAGAAGGAGGAAGAGCUCUAAGGCCAGACGCUCCAGCUCGACCACCGGACUCGAUCGAGUCCAAACAGAGGAAACUCAACUCGAUCGAGCUGACGGUCGAGUUGACCUGA